CAAUGGUUCAGCCUACUUUAGAAUAGUGUGAAACACUUGAAAGUGCAUAAUUCUUUUUGAUUUUUUUUAAUUGCUGGGUUGAGCUUUUGUGGAUGCACGCUGUCUCUUGGUGAUUUACAAGAAAUUGACAAGCAUGCUUUCCUGUUUGGGUUUGGCCUUUCUCCUCCUCAGCCUCCUCAUUGUUCAGCCCCAGGUUCUCUCCUGUCGGGUUGGAGACCAACGCGAGUGUGAUGCUUCCCCCUUUGUACCAGGUCACAACUUGAUAGGGGAGGGCUUUGAUAUGGUCACAAUGCAAAGGAAAGGAGCGUACGUGAUUGAUAUGGAGACAUACCUCAACCCUAAUCGUACCUGUACACUCUGCUCCAAUCAACUUAAAGGCCACCAGCUUCAGAAACUGCCAGUGUCUGCAUUGGACUGGCGUGCAUUCAGCCAAACAAAAACGUAUUCCUACGGUGGUUUCCACACCUCUGUUAGCUCACUCGUUAACGAUUAUGUCUCAGAAGAAAGUCAUGGCUGGAAGAUGGGGCUGGGUGUAAGGAAAUAUGCUUCUGCCAGACUCGACGUUGUAGGAACUCAAUCCACUGUGUAUAAGUUUGCAUCAAAUAUGAUGCGAGAGGACCGCUACACAUUCAGCACACAAAAGAGGAUGUUCAGCCAUUACAGUUACCGAGUGUCAGCUGCACCACCGUUCAGCUCUGAAUUCUUAAAAGAUCUAGCCAGGCUUCCAAGAUACUACAACUCCUCCACUUCUUCGCAUUACAAGGACUUCUUACACACCUAUGGCACUCACUACAUUCAUCAGGUUCGUCUUGGAGGCUAUGUGGCAAGAGUGACAGCUGCAAGAACUUGUUUGUCCACACUGAAUGGAAUGUCUUCAAAUGACGUUCAUUCAUGUGUCUCGAUGGGUAUUGAAGUUGGCUUGGGAAACUUUAAACUAUCAAAUGUUCCAAGUCCUUGCUCCAAGUUUCUGCAGAACCAUGGCUUUUCCACCGUCUUCAGCUCUUACAUCCACCAUCACUAUACAGUCAUAUCUGGAGGCAAUGGAUGGUCAGGGGAGUUUUCACUAACCCAUAAUGACUCCUUGGGUUUCAAAAACUGGCAACAUACUCUCAAGGAUCACCCAGAUGUUGUUUUCUUUUUCCUUCGACCGAUCCAUCUACUCAUCCCAACUAAAACCAAAAGAGUGGGAAUAAAAGUCACUGCUACAAAAUACUUAGAGGAUAAUGCCAUGGAGAGCUCACCCAGAGAACCAGAAUGUACAGGGAACACCCCUAACUUGGCCAGGAACUGCUGUCCCCAGCAGGUUUUGAAGGGGACACUGAGGGUUACCAGCAUCAGAGCCUGGGGUCUGAAUGGAGAUUAUGCUGGCGCCACUGAAAGCUAUGUGAAGAUGUCAUUUGGUUCCACCUACUACAGAACUGAUGUUAUCAAUUCAGAUUAUCCAUAUUGGAACGUUGAUUAUAAUUUCGGCAAGGUUUACACACUCCAGGUUUUGGCGGUUGAAAUCUGGGAUGAGGAUCUGCAGUAUGACGACCUUCUUGGAUCUUGUGUGAGGUACCUAAGUCAAGGAGACAACAGUUUCACCUGUGCAGCUGAAAGUGGAAGAUUUGAGGUCCAAUACACUCUGACUUGUGACCCUUAUCUGACUGGAGAGAGGUGCGGCCAAUAUAAGCCAUCUCCUUAGUGACAAACCUAUCAGGAAAGGGGAAGCUACAUGAUAUUAAUUUCUCAUGUUUUUGAGUUUAUCUGAGAAAUGUUUGAUUUGUUUGAUAAAAUAUGAUGCUUCAUCUCUUUUGGAUUGGUAAAACUUCUGUUAACUGUUUAUGGAUUAUAUAUGCUGGGAUUCUCCUAUGUAUUCUGUCUGGGAUUCUCUUUUCCACAUGUCAUGUAAAAUAUAUUACACAAUAUUUAGUCAGGAAAUUAAAUGGCCACUUUGUAGCAACUAUUAGCAAAUUGUAAUUUUAUUCUAUUAUGGAGAAGGUGAGUGUAACAAAAUUUCAAAGUAAAAGGCUAUUCAAAUGA